AGCUGGCACAGCCAUUUAGCAGAGAAGAAGCAGACCAGUUAUUGCUAAGGCAUAAAAAAUAUUGAUACGAAAUUGUAUUGUAUUUUAUUAAACUAAAAGAGUCUGAAACCUGAGUGAUGGCUCACUACAAGGGUGCCGCUAGCGAGGCUGGGCGCGCUGCCCAACUGAUGAAAAAGCGCGAGAUCCAGCAGCAAGAGAUCGAGUUCCGAAAAAAGAAAAUCGAGGAGGAGCUGAAGCUGGAUAAGAUUGAGAACAAAUUUGCGACGCACUACGAUGCUGUUGAACAACAGCUCAAGUCGUCAACCAUUGGUUUGGUCACUCUAGAUGAGAUGAAAGCGAAGCAGGAGGACAUAGUGCGAGAGAGAGAAAAGAAAUUGGCGCAAAAGAAGGAUGAAAAGGAUAGAGAAAAACAGCGGGCCUUGGAAGCCAUACAAGCAGAGAAAAACAAACAGAAGCGUCAAAUACAGGCGUUAUCCUUCAAUUUAGAUGAGGAGGAAGAGGAAAAAGACGAAGACGAGGGGAGCACUGAAGAGAAGUUCGUCACGGCAAAGCCAACCAAGUGGACCGAGCAACCAGACAUGCAAGUGCCUGUCAAGAAAAAGAAAAUCUGUAAGAAUCCUGAUGUGGACACAUCCUUUCUGCCAGACCGCGAACGUGAGGAACAGGAGAAUCGUUUGCGUGAACAGUUACGACAGGAAUGGGUAAUGCAGCAAGCAGAACUCAAAGACGAAGAUAUCUCCAUUACGUUCAGCUACUGGGAUGGCUCUGGCCACAGGCGAAAUGUUUUGAUGAAGAAGGGCAAUUCCAUAUAUCAGUUCCUCCAGAAAUGCCUGGAGCUGUUGCGCAAAGAGUUUAUCGAGCUGAAGACCGUGAUGGCCGAUCAGCUGAUGUAUGUAAAGGAGGAUUUGAUAUUGCCGCAUCACUACUCAUUCUACGACUUCAUUGUGACCAAAGCACGCGGAAAAUCCGGCCCGCUCUUCCAGUUCGAUGUGCACGACGAUGUGCGUAUGAUUAGCGACGCCUCCGUCGAGAAGGAGGAGUCCCAUGCAGGCAAAGUGCUGCUGCGUUCUUGGUAUGAGCGCAACAAGCACAUCUUCCCGGCCAGCCGGUGGGAGCCAUACGACCCCACCAAGUCCUAUGACAAAUACACAAUAAAAGAUAACGAUAAGGACAAGAGCAAAAAAUAGAGGUUCGAUUUAAUGCUAUACUUAUACAAAUUGUGUUCUGUUUCUUUCAUCACUGUUCGCCAUGGAUAA